UUCCCUCUUUCCCUGUGCUUUUGUUUCCUCAACUUUCAUAACUGUUUCUCAAACCCUCUUCUUCCAAAUUAGGAUGAUUUCCAAUUUGUGCUAUAUUGGAAAGCCCUCUUGUUCCCCUUCUUUCUAGACAAAUUUUGAAAUUCUGGUCUUUUUUCCAAAGCAACACUUCAUCAAUUGAUCAAGCUAUCAUCUCAUCAUCUUCUUUUGGGAGAGGUUCGCAUUUCAGUGCUGAAUUUUUGUCUAAAUUCCGAGGCAGUGUUAGUAUUGGAGGCAAUGACAACUGUUCAGCCAACUACGGGUCAACCUAAGAAAGCAAAGCUGCAAAAUCCACCUGCAGGGUUUAAAAGAAUGGGCAGGGCAUCACCCUUUAUAAGAUAUGGUCUACCUAUGAUCUCACUUACUGUGUUAGGGACACUCGGUCUCGGCUAUCUGCUGCAAGGAAGCAAGGAUAUUGCUAAAGUGAAGGAUGAUCAAGAAUGGGAGAUCAUUGAGACAAGAAAAGCGCUAUCAAGAACUGGGCCAGUCAAUGCCUACAACCCUAAAAAGAUUUCACUGGAGGAAGAGCUUAAGGCUUUGCAAGAAAAGGUUGACAUCAACAGCUAUGAGUAUAAGAGGAUCCCCAAGCCUAAGGAAAGCACAUGAAGCAAAAAAGCUUCAUUAGGCUUUGUGUUCAAAUUUUGCAACCAUUCUGUUUCAACUUGAAAUAGUAUUCCGUUUUGCUCAAAAUCUCAGCAUCAAUGUUGUACCUAAACCAGACUACGAUUAGGAAUUAGUGGAUUUGAGGAAUUCUGUUUGCAGCCUUUUGACAUUUUAGUCAGUCAUGGUUAUAUAAAGGCUGAUGUUGGUGGACUCUAGUCGAAGCUUACAUAUUUAUGUUGCUUUGUCUCAUUUUGCGCUCAUUUAGUUUUGUGUAUACUUAACCCAGGAAAAUUCCCGAAUGAUGAAUAUGGCUGUUCCGAAAUGAAAAUGGCUAUGGUCUUCUUGAA